CAUGAAGCUAAAGAGUCAGAAGUUGGAAUCAUCUGCCACUCAAGUGUCCAUAAUGCAGGUAGAGCUGGAGGCCCUUCAGCCUCAGCUGCGUGUGGCAAGUAAAGAGGUAGAAAAGAUGAUGGUGGUCAUCCAGCGAGAGUCUGUGGAGGUGUCCAAGACAGAGAAGGUGAUCCGUGUGGAUGAAGCGGAGACUAAUGAGCAGCAAUGGCUGCCAAGACCAUUAAAGAUGAAUGUGAUACCGAUCUGGCGGUUGCUGUGCCCAUUCUGGAAGCUUUAUUGGCUGCUUUGGACACGCUCACCACACAGGAUAUAACUCUAGUUAAAUCCAUGAAGAAUCCUCCAGCUGGUGUCAAGCUGGUGAUGGGAGCCAUCUGCAUCCUGAAAGGCAUAAAACCAGACCGUAUCCCAGACCCCUCAGGCUCUGGCAAGAAGGUGGAAGACUUCUGGGGCCUGGCAAAAAAACUGCUAGGAGAUAUGAAAUUUCUCCAGAGCCUUCAUGAGUACAUCAAAGACAAUAUUCCAGUCAACUACAUGAGUGUCAUGCACAACAAAUACACCACCAACCCAGACUGAAGAUCCGCACAGCCUCCGCUGCUGCUGAGGGGCUCUGUAAAUGGGUUUGUGCCAUGGACUCCUAUAAGUGAGUUAUAGUUUAACAGACUAAAGGUGUAAAAAAAAAAAAAAAAAAAAAAAAAAAAAUUCCUUCACAGAGUAGCAAAGGUUGUGGCCCCUAUAAAAAAGAGAAAUUGGCACAUGCAGAAGAGAAGCUGAAGGUGGCCAUGGAGAGCCUCCAGAAGAAACAGGCUGCUUUGAAGUAGGUCCAGGACAAAAUUGGCCAAACUACAGAAGACCCUGGAAGCCAACAAGAACAAAAAGGCUGACCUUGAAAGUCAGGUAAGCAGAGAACAGUUGUCACAAAAGAGGCUAUGUAAGAUUCUGACAAUCAACAAACGGUUUGCUACUUUUCCUGAAAGCUUGCAUAUUACACUAUGUUCAACUAUUUUUUGUUGACAUUCUUUGUAACCUCCUCCAGUGCAGCCCAGCCCUGUUAAAAUGUCCGUUCUUUGCUGGAAGUUUGUUUAUUUAGGAAUUUAGUUUGUGUUUUUACAUCAAGAGGAGUUGAGGGAAUGUCUUCCUUUUCUUCUUUGUUUAUUUUCCUUCAGAUCAUUUAUUAUGUUCGAACUUUGAAGUUGUAAGAGUGAAGCCUUUGUUUCUAAACCCACACAGAAAACCCACAGGGGCACAUACACACACACAC